AUGCGCGGCGUGGAGUUCUGGAUCACGAACACGGACCGCCAGGCCAUGGCGCUCUCGCCCGUCGACGAGCCGCACCGCCUGCAGAUCGGCGGCGCGCUCACGCGCGGGCUGGGCGCGGGGGGAAAGCCCAGCAUUGGGGAGCGCGCGGCGGAGGAGAGCCGCGAGGGGCUGCAGAACGCGGUGAUGGGCGCGGACAUGGUGUUCGUCACUGCGGGCAUGGGUGGCGGAACGGGCAGCGGGGCAGCGCCAGUCGUGGCAGAAAUCGCGCAGGCCCUCGGUAUACUCACAGUGGGCAUAGUGACGCUCCCGUUCACGUUUGAGGGGCAGCGGCGGCGCGUGCAAGCACUAGACGCAGUGGCAGCGCUGAGGCAACACGUGGAUGCUCUGAUCGUGAUCCCCAACGACCGGCUUCUGGAGGCGGUGGAUAAGAGCACGCCUAUUAACGAGGCGUUCACUCUCGCGGAUGAUGUGCUGCGGCAAGGCGUGCGCGGCAUAUCCGAUAUCAUUCAGGUUCCAGGGCUAGUGAAUGUGGACUUUGCUGACGUCAGGGCAGUCAUGGCCAAUGCCGGCCCAUCCCUCAUGGGCGUUGGCGUUGCACAAGGCAAGGACCGGGCGCGCAAGGCAGCACUACAAGCGAUUCACUCGCCGCUGCUGGAAGUGAGCAUAGAGCGCGCCACUGGCAUCGUGUGGAACAUCACAGGACCCCCUGACAUGACGCUUCUCGAGGUGAACGAGGCAGCGCAGGAGAUUCACCAGCUGGUGCAUCCAGACGCCAACCUGAUCUUCGGUGCUGUUGUCGAUGAAUCCAUGGCGCCCAAUGUCAGCAUCACCCUCAUUGCAACUGGCCUCAAAGAACCGGGCUCGCAAUCGGAGAUUCCAGCAGCAGCCAGGGUGCUAGGAAGCAGAAUGCCGUUCCCCCCACAGCAGCAGCAGCAGCCCCCAUACAGUCCACCAGUCCCUCAACAGCAGGCAGGACCGUCCUCCCCCCCGCCCAUCCCUGACUUCCUCCGGCGACGGUCCCGAGGCCUCUGA